AUGGCGAUACAGUUUGCAGUUUACACUAUACAGUUUGCCGUUUACACGAUACAGUUUGCUGUUUACAUGAUACAGUUUGCAGUUUACACAAUACAGUUUGCCGAUGACACGAAACACGAUACAGUUUGCAGUUUACACAAUACAGUUUGCCGUUUACACGAUACACGAAAAAUGGUGCUGACUCUAUACGGUUUAGAGGGGAGCCCGCCAGUCCGAGCGGUGCUGAUGGUGAUUGAGAAACUGAAUAUACCAGAUGUUGAGUUCAUUCAAGUCGAUCUACUGAAACAAGAACAUAAAAGCGAAUCAUUUUUGAAGAUGAAUCCACACCACACAAUACCUACGUUGAAAGACGACGAUUUUGUUAUUUGGGACAGUCAUGCUAUCACGGCCUAUUUGGUGUCCAAGUACGGAAAGGAUAAAUCUCUGUAUCCAACAGAACCAAAACAACGAGCAAUUAUAGAUCAGAGAUUGCAUUUUGACAGCGGCACACUGUUCCCGGUUUUACUUGAAACGAUUAAACCGAUUUUUUAUAAUGAGCGGACAUCUUUUAACCCGGAGACUCUGGUGAAAAUUUCAAACGUUUACGAAUUGACGGAAAAGAUUCUGAAUUCUACGUGGUUAGCCGGUGACAAUUUAACUUUGGCUGACAUAUGCUGUUACGCAACAAUAAGCACUUUGAAUAUUGCUUUGCCUAUAAAUUCGGAAGUAUCUCCUAAGCUGUCUGCUUGGACAAAACGUUGUUCGCAGCUGGAUUUUGUGAAGAAAGCUAAUCUACCUGGUUUAACAAUGCUCGAUGAACUCGUAAAGUCAAAACUCGCUUAA